AUCCUGGUCACUUGGUCGCUGGUGUUCAUGGAGAGGCAGCCACUUGCUUGAGUAAAGAAAGAAAAAGCAUGGUUCUUGGGGCAUCAUCUUCUUGGUAGCCCUUCGUCUCGGCGUUGCUGUCUCUUCCCUGGAGUGGAGGAGGUUCUGGGGGGUUUAGUUAAUCCAUCCAGAAAUGAGGAGGCAUGGGUGGCAGCUGCCUUACCAUCCUCUCCAGGUGGUGGCGAUAGCUGUGUUCUUGGCGUUGGGUUUUGCCUUCUAUGUCUUCUUUGUGCCGUUCGUGGGGAGGAAGGCGGUCCAGUAUGUGGUGAUGGGUCUCUACACUCCCUUGAUUACAUCUGUUGUCCUGUUAUACAUUUGGUGUGCUGCAACAAAUCCUGGUGACCCGGGCAUUUUCAAGUCAGCGGAGCAUCCUAAAUUGAAUAAGGAUGGAAGGCAAUCCCAGAAAAAUUCAGAUCAUGGGUUAAGUCAUGGAGGAAAGAUGUCAAGUGAUGGUUUUAAUGCUGUUGAUAACAGUGAGAAACUGAGCAGCAUGCUUGAGCAAAAGGAUUCCUACUCCUGGUCCACAUUUUCUGAAAUACUCUGUUUCCCCUUUUCCUGCCUUUGCAAAAGAUGCUUCCAUGCGGGUAAUCAGUCAUCUGAACAGCACAUGAGUGAGGAAGGCAUGUUCUUCUGCAGCUUAUGUGAAGCAGAGGUGCUGAAGAAUAGUAAGCAUUGUAGAGUAUGUGACAAGUGUGUUGAUGGCUUUGAUCAUCAUUGCAGAUGGCUCAACAAUUGCAUAGGGAAAAGAAACUACAAAGGGUUCUUCCUUCUGAUGACUUCUGCCGUUCUCCUUCUUGUAAUGCAGUGGCUGUCAGGAGUUCUUGUGCUGAUUCUCUGCAUUGUGGAGCGAGGGGAGUUCUCCAGACAGAUUGUUUCCAAGUUGGGAAGUAGCUUCUCAACUGUAGUGUUUAUAAUUGUUGUGGCCACCUGCACUGUACUAGCAAUGAUUGCAACUGUACCACUUGCUCAGCUUUUGUGUUUCCAUAUUCUUCUUAUCAAGAAGGGAAUUAGCACGUAUGAUUACAUAAUAGCUUUAAGAGAGCAAGAGGAUGAUCAACAAGAAGAGAUUGCUGGGCACCAAAGUCCACAGAUGUCUAUUGUAAGUUCUGUUACUGGAUUUAGCACUGCAAGCUCUUUUGGUCCACUUCAUCGAGGUUCAUGGUGUACACCCCCGCGAUUAUUCCUUGAAGAUCAGUUUGAUGUCAUCCCUCCAGAGAUUGGCAUGCCACAAAACUCAGGGAGUAAGAAGCCAAAGGAAGACGAAGGAGCAAGGAGAAGAACUGGGACAGUGAAAAUCAGUCCUUGGACACUGGCACGCCUGAAUGCUGAGGAAGUGUCAAAGGCAGCUGCACAGGCAAGGAAGAAAUCCAAAAUUCUGAAGCCAAUUGCAAGACACGAUGUUCCAAUCGGCCAUGACAACAUUGGUGGUGGGAAACUAGUUCCUAAAUCUGAUAGCAACAGAAGACCUGAUAAAAGGGGACGGUUCCCUGCUGAACUAUCUCUCGACCCCCUUACAAGGCUAUCUGCAAGUGGUACUGAAAGCAACUUCAGUGACGCAGCGAUAGAAACAUCUGGAAAUUUAGCCCCAUUGCAGUUCGAAGCGAGGAGCGCGUUCCAACCGAGCACCGCAGCGUCCACCAGGAACGCUGCCUCGUCACCUGAGAGCAGCUUUGACUCACCUGAUCUGCAUCCAUUCCGCCUUUCUUCAUGCACAGCUGAUGAGAUGCAGGGGGUGAUCCCGCAUCCAGCCCAGAGUGGCAUCAAGUUUUCGAGGUCGACGAGCGAUGGCUAUGAAGCAUCAGGAGGUGAGGACAGCGAUCGCAUCCCCUCGAGAAUUGUUCACAGAUCGUCGAACUGGGCCAGUGCCAUCCUGAGCUCAGGUCAGGGAGGCCCUGCAGCUGAUCUGCAGAUGCCUCCAUCAGAUGGGUAACUCUACCUCCAGCCACCAGGUCGAGCUAGUCAGAUCUGCCUUGCUUCCAGGCCAUAUGAUAAAGUUGCAUAUGGUGUUGGCACCUGGAGAAUUGCGGUAUACAGCAGAUCACUCACUGUUGGCAGCAACACAUUGGUGGUUAUUUUAGGUUUAGCAGUAACUUUGCUGGUGAUUGGUGCCUAGUUCGUCUUGAUGUUAAUGCAUGCGAAACGGCAAUUGUGUUGCUAGGCUUGUGGUUGUCAGGCAUUCACCUGUGUCCCAGCAAAUGUGAAUCUGACAUUCGUUGCGCUCAUUUGAGAUCAGUACAGCAUUCUGUCCG